AAUAAUCAAUCGAUACAAAUUCCUGCUAUUGGAUUUUUAUCAGUACAGAGAUGUCUUAAAAACUGUAUCCAAAAUAUAUAAUGCAUUUCCUCAAUAUUUAAAAAGUACCCGAAAAUUAAAAGAUAUGUAAAUGUUUGGUUGUUAAUACUUGGUAAACAUAAUAUCGUCGGGGUUCACGCAAAAGUCACUAAGUCCAUUUUUAGCAUUUUUGACUUAAUGACACGAACCUUUUUAUGACAGGCAAAAGUCAUUAAAUGGACUUAGUGACUUUUGGCCUAUCUCCAACAACUGUUAAGCCUGGACUUAGUGAUUUAUUUGAUUUUGAGUUUACGAUUAUCAUUUUAAUCACAAUAAUGUUAUUGUUUAGUAAAUAUUCGUGAGUUUUGAUUAUAUUUACAAAAAACGAGCUUAAAAAUGCAAGACUGUAGGGGCAAGCGUAUAUUAGAACUUGGUAAAGAUGCAUAUAACAAUAAAAAACCGAAAGUAAUUGUGCAAUCAGUUGUAACGUUAGCACCCCGAAAUUUAGAAGAAACUCUGAAACAACAGAUUAUUACAAAUCGCGACGGGAGCUGUAAUGAGUAUCCCUCACCACGUUGUUCAUCAACAAUUCCUCAAAAUUCACAGCUGGACGCUAUUUUAGAUAAUCAGGCAACGCAAAAAAAGGCAAUAGAUUCCAAGAUAGAUCCAGUCCAAUCAUUGUCCUAUAUUGAAAUAACUGAUGAUCAAAAUCACAUCAGUGAAGAAGAUGAAAGUAGUGACCCUUUUGCAUGUAGUGAUGAUGAAGAUAAAAAUUACGAGCUAAUUAAUGAAAACUGCUCUGCAACUGAUGAGGAAAUUGAAGAUUCGUCUCUAAAUCGCAAGAAAAAAAGCCGUUGGAAUAAAGCAAAUAAACAAAAAUGGGCUCGAAAUAUUACAAAAAAAUUUAGAAAUCUUGGUCAACCCUACGUUACCAAAAAAGGACCAACGUCAGCUAAAAUUCCACAGUCUGUCGAUAGCAGUAAAUAUAAAUUUAGAUGUUCCGAAGAAUUUAGUGAACAGGAGAGAUUUGAGUUGUGUUCUAGUUAUUGGCAGUUAGAAGUAUACUCUCGAAAAAAGAUUUUAUUCUUCAAAAUGUUAAAAGUAAAACUCCACAAAGACAAAGAUUUCGAAAAGAGACCGCCAAGGCAAGAAGUAAUUGCAAAGAGUUUUAUUUUUUGAAAAAUGAUAAACCAACGAGAGUUUGCCAAAAGUUUUUUUUAAAGACUCUAUAAGUAACGGACCACUAAAUAAAGCUUUUGCAAACAAAAGUGAAUCCACAGGAUUGUAUGACGGAGAUGACAUGCGAGGUAGGCAUAAUCCCUCCAACAAAAUCACUGGAGAAGAACUUAUUACAACAUCGAGAGUUUCCCUUUAACCGAGUCACACUAUUGCAGUAAGUCAUCUCAUAGAAAAUAUUUAGAUGCAAAAUUGUCGAUAGCUAAAUUGCACUCCCUCUACAAGGAACUAAGUCAGGAGAAAGGCCAUAUUCCGAAAAGUUUGACAACAUACAAACGAGUGUUUAGUAAUGAAUAUAAUUACUCAUUUUUCAAACCACGAAAAGAUCAGUGUCCGCUUUGUAUGAAGUACCAAUCAUCAAAUGGGGAACAAAAGAUUACUCUUGAGUCAACCUACAUUGAACAUAAGAGGCGAGAAGCUGAUGCAAACGAGUCGAAAAGAUCUGAUAAAGAAAAGGCAUGCAAUGACCCCCACUUUGUUACAGCGACGUUUGAUCUUCAAAGUGUCCUCCAAAUACUAAGCAGUGACGUUUCGCCAUUGUAUUACAGUAGGAAAUUAUGCGCUUAUAAUUUAACUGUGUAUGAAGGAGCUCCACCCAACAACGCAUACUGUUACACAUGGACUGAAGUUAAUGGAGCACGGGAUAGUUUAGAAAUAGCAACAUGCCUUUACGAAUACCUUAGUAGUCUUCCCAAUCAAUGUUACAGAGGUCUCAUUGUUUUCCGAUACGUGUGGUGGGCAGAAUAGAAAUCAGAAUGUUCUUGCUAUGCUGUACUAUUUCGUUCACCACGUAAAUACCUUUGUUACUACAGUUGAACAAACAUUUUCGGAAUCUGGCCACUCUAUGAUGGAGUGUGAUAGUAUGCAUAGUGCUAUUGAAAAAAAAAAAGGGAUGUGGCAGUUUACACACUAAAUGACUGGAUAAACAUUUUUAAAAUGUCCCGAUCCAAAAGGGGAAAAAAAAAUUACCCGUAUCAUGUCAAAGAACUGAAGUAUAGAAACUUUUUUGAUUUCAAGACCCUUUCGCAAUCAAUUUUAAAAAAUAAAGCAGUCAAUAUCAAUGGAGAAAAAGCUAAUUCUGGAAUAGUUAAAUACCGAUACAGUCGAUUAUCUCUAUAAACAUCAGUGGCAAAGGCAGGCGUUCAUCAGCCACCAUUUCGCUAAAUAGGGCAUAUACUGAGAUGUUACCCAUUUCUGUCCAGAAAUAUAGCGACAUGAAGAAGUUAUGCACCAGUGAAGUAAUCCCCGUGGAAUUUCAUAACUGGUAUCUGUCACUACCAACAUAGCUUGUCAGAACAGAAAUGCUGAGCCCAGCAUAGAAAGUGAAAGCGAUAGAUUUGUUUUUUUUGGGUUUGCUAUGAUUUUUUAGGAUCAAUUGUUAUUAGUAAUAAGCUAAAUGCAUUUUUCAACAACUAGAAUGUACUUUAAAAUUAAUUUUGAUGAAAUAAAAUAUUUCACUAUUUGGGAUUUUUUAAAUUUUUUUAUCCAAGAAAACUCACUAAGUCCAUCAAAAAUCAAUCUAGUCAUUUCUAAAAAGUCUGCAUGUCGCUACAUGUUGUAUCAUACUAUAUAAAACAAUAUAUUUUCUAUAGUAUGAGUCUUUUCUAUAAAAUGAAAUGCUUUCAAUUAUAAAAUUAAAUCUCAUUUUUCUCGAAACUAUCAUUUUGGACUUAGUGAUUUUUGCCAGAACGUCUA